AUCCCCGAGUGACGUCGACGCCCGUCCGGCCAAUGCCGCGCCGCCAUCGCUAUUGAUCGAUCGGAGCAAUAUGGCAGCGGCGUGAAAACAUAUGGGGAAAAGCGCCGCCGGGACUUUCGCGUUUCCGCCAUGAAAUUCGCCAUCGCGAGCGCCGUUAUCGUGGCCACGUGCAGUUUGUGUGCCUGCAACGAUUUGGACGUUUAUUCCGGGCUUAACUUCGAUUUCGACAAACCGAGAAAUGUACCGGGUUUAUCGGACUACGAACGACCCGAUUACUACACGAAAAUCCGCUACCCCUACGAGAACGCCCCACCAGAAGGCUACGAGGACGAUCGAAUUCGGGGUACUCGCCCCAGGUUCAGUACCAUACAAAAUAAACUGCAACAGUACAAGCAAGUGAUCGAUUGGGAAUUGAAUCAAUUGCACAAGAGCCGCCAGCGCGAGGAGCCUUCGCCCGCUUUGCGGUACUAUUUGGACAAGCUCAGGCAGCCGAGGAUCCAAUUGAACGUACCGAGGAUCGAUGAGGCUCGAAUGUACCCCCCGGACGACGAAUUAAGCGAUGAGGAUGAUGAUGUUGAAGGAAUCGAUAGUAUUUUCGAUGAUUCCACGGCAGGAGGUGAUUACGGUUCGGGAGGAAGGACAAUUAACGAUCCUCCUACGCCUAUGAAACAUCAACUUCACUCAAAUGAAGACGACAACUCUCCCCAAUUCACUACAACUCGCUUCCAAGACAUCAAAGUCGCCGCGGAUCCAUCGGAAUUCGCUUACAAACCAUCCGAUCCGCGGUUUUACAGGAAAACCGAAACAUCCACCACCACAACAGAUAACCCGCCGGUUCUAACAACAACCCCCAAGUUGUACGGCACCGUGGACUUGGAGACGGAACCGCUGUUCGUGAACUCGCGCAGCGAUCCGCAGCAAUCCCUGGGCGAGAAGCUCUACCAAGAGCAAUCCUCGAGAGACGGGGGCAUCCAAGUGGUGCCCGUCCAGCCCGGUCUAGCCGAAGGAGACACGGCGGGCGUCUACAUAAUCGCCAUUGUGGCCGGCAUCAGCGCCGCCGCCACCGUCGGUUUGAUAGCGGUGGGAAUCGGUUGGUACAAUUUACAGAAGCACGUAAAGAACCCGUCGGACGGGGAUUACCCCACUUACGGCGUCACAGGACCAAACAAGGACGUUUCUCCCACGGGAGACCGUCGACUGGCGCAAUCGGCUCAAAUGUACCACUAUCAGCACCAGAAGCAACAGGUCAUAGCCAUGGAAAGGGCUCCUCCGGGCGAAGGACACGGGUCCGUUUCAGAUGCGGAAAGCGAUGAAGAAAACGAAGAAGGAGAUUACACUGUGUACGAAUGUCCUGGACUUGCUCCUACGGGGGAAAUGGAGGUGAAGAAUCCUCUGUUCCAGGACGAUACGACGCCGGCUCAGACGCCGGCGACCAAGACGAAUGAAGAUGAAGAGAAGAAGUAGAUGAAAUCGGUGGUGGUAAUAUCAGUAAUGGAGUAUUAUACUUACUAAGUUAUUUUUUGUAUUGCUAUAUUCGAAAUUCUAUCGUCAGUUGAAUUGUGUUCUAUUAUAGAAAGUGAUACGGAUGAAGAGAUUGAAUUUAUUUAUUUAUAUAAAGAUAUCUAUUAGAAUAAAAAUAUUAUACAUAUAAAAGGAUGAAGGUAUUUAUUGAGAAAAGCAUUUUUGAGAUGUUUUGCGGUCUAUUUUGUACGAAUUUAUAUUAAUAUCGCAUUUGCAAAAGAAGGCUGGACAUUUUUAAAGUUUUCACAAACGUAGACCAAGAACAUGUAGACUGUUUGAAACGUCAAUUUGAUUUUAAUUAAGCACUAUAAUUAACUUUGUAAAUUGUACAAAUAAACACCAUAUUAUUAAAUAUAUCUAAUUAUCAAUAGGAGUAUAAAAUAUAUUCACAAUAUCACCUAAUUUAGUAUGAUGCACUGCAUUAACUGCAUAGAUUUUAGGCCAUGAUGAUAGCUGACACUUGUUACAGUGAUAAGAAAGUAUUAACUGUCAAAUAUAAAAAAUAGCCUGCUAGUUUCAAGAUAGUAGAUGCUUUUUAGUUUGAAAAAACGGGUAUAUUAAUCUCUAAUUCCUCCCUAUAUUUGUGAUAAUAUAUUAUGUUGAUCAAUUAUUAUAUUUAAAUAUCCUUAUCAAUUAUUCCUUCUAAUAAUACCUAAUAGUUAUCUAGUAGUUAAUGAGCAAAGUCAUCUCGAAGAUGCUUUUAAUAUAGACUAUCAAUCUAUCUAUUUGCUGUGUAAAAACAAAUAUGAAACGAGAAAAUUCCUCAAAAAAAUGUAUGUACCUAUGUUAAUAUCUACUAAAUUUUAAUCGAUGUAAACUGAUCAAAAUAAAUUAUAUAGAUGCAAUUGAUUUCGUUGUGUUUUAAUUACGCCUGUAUAAUUUGUUUUGAUUUCGAACGUGUUAGUAUUUAUUUUCGGUGUAUAAUUCGCUUAUCGUUGUUUAUAAAAUGUUGGAAAUGGAAAAUUUAGUUUUGGUGAAAAAAUGGUGGAGGUCAACUUAGAAAAUUUUAAUUGAAAUUUAGUUAAAAUCGGUGGAAAGAUAUACAUAGUAGAUGUAAAUCCCAGCUUUUUAUCUUAUGAUUUUAACAUACUUUUUACCAACAACCAGAUUGUAUUAAACUGAGGAAUAGAUAAAUGUAAUUAAAACAUAA